AUGAAGAAGAAGGUGAAGAGAAAGAGGCUGAAACCAGUGACGAAGAGAAAGAGAACAGUGAGGAUGAUGAGAAAGUUGAAGAAAAAGUGGUGGAAUCUGAGGCUGAAGGCGAAGAUGAUCAAGCAGAGGGAGCAAGAUAAGGAGAAAAGUGAGACUGAUGAGGUGGAAUCUGAGGCUCGGGAGGCAGAGAUAGAAAAAGGAACUCCGACACCACCACGUGGGAAUCAGACAGAGGGAACUCCCACACCACCACGUGGUAGGACUAAGGCAAUGGCUGCGAGGAGACUAGUGACAAGGACUAUGGAGGGAGAACCUGGAAAAGGUGUUGAAGUUGUUGCGGAAGAGGCUUGUGAAACAGAGGAAAAAAGCAGGAAGAAAGCUGGGGAAACAGAGGGAAAAAGCAGGAAGAAAGUUGCAGAAGAAGAGAAAAAAGAGGAAGAGGCUGUGAAAGUUGUUGAAGAACAGGCUGGGGAAGUUGUCGAGGAACAGGCUGGGGAAAUUGUUGAGGAAUAUACUGAGGAAGAAAAGCAAAGGUUGAUCAUGGUUGUUUACAAGGAAGCACCGAGUCCUUGGAUCAUGCAUAGGUGCAAGGAGAAUGCCGCUGUUGCUGUACCUAAGAAGAGUGGCAGGCCAAAGGAAAUCACAGUGGGUGCAGACUCCUUUCACGGAGGGGAAGAAGCGUAA